AUGGCCAUCGCCGAAAUGGCCGUGUCCGCUAUCAAGUACGCUUCCAUAUCGGUUGCGGCUGUCGUCGGCCUCUACGCAGCGCUCUUGGGGCUUCUCACAACAUCUACGUUCCAGUCCCAUGCGGUGUACCUGCAUGCAGUUCAGAUGACAUGGUUCAGGGAUCUCGAUGUCCCCGAGACCUUUGAGCCAGCCGGUUUCGCCGGGGACAUCACCCGCCGGCUCGCGUUCCAACUCCUUCGCGACGACCCCGAAGCCCGGUUGGUCCUUCACCUGCACAGCGCUGGAGGCACGGUCGGUUCCGGCUACAGGGUCCCCAACUACCGUGCGCUGUCCGCGGGGCAGCCGGGCAAGAUACAUGUUUUGACAUUUGACUACCGAGGAUUUGGACGAAGCACAGGCACACCGUCCGAAAGCGGGCUCAUCACCGAUGCGCUGGCUGUCGUGGACUGGGCGAUGAACGUCGCAGGCAUACCGCCAUCGCGUAUCGUCAUCUUUGGACAGUCGAUGGGCACCGCCGUGAGCAUCGCUCUCUCGGAGCGCCUUGCUUUGCAACCGCAGCCUGUGGUCUUUGCAGGCACAGUCCUUGUCGCGCCCUUUGUCGAUGUGGCAACCUUGGUAGCGACAUAUUGUGUGGCAGGCACCGUGCCGAUUUUGUCACCGCUCGCUCGCUUUCCUUGGUUGUUUACAUCUCUGCAACACUUUAUCAAGGACAAGUGGCCCAGCAAAGAUCGCAUUGCCCAAUACGUUCGUGCCAACGAGCAGCAGAAAACGGAUUACCGUCUGACCAUCAUCCACGCAAAGGACGACUACGACAUUCCUUGGAAUCACACACCGGCCCUCUUUUGGCAUGCCGUCAAUGCUUCUGUGCCAGAUGGCAUCAGUCACGACGAACUUGAACAGAAAAAAACGGACGAAAGACGAGAUCUCGGAGCCGCCGGGUCCGUUAUGGAAUGGCGGACAGAGUACGGUGUGAUCCGGGAAGAAAUCCUGGAGACUGGCUUGCAUGAUGCGAUCAUGAGCUACCCUGUGAUCACAAUGGCUGUCAUGCGCUUCUUUGAAGCGGCCGAUCCGACAUUCACGUGCUGA